AUGGUUGGCUCCCGAUUACCCACUAAACCGAGCCAUAAUAUCCUCAGCUUGUUGGGUCAAAGUGGCUUGAUGACCUCCUCAGAUCCAAGGUCGCUCCAGAGUUUGAAGAUCACUUCGAAAGGGUUUGGGUUUCUGCUAGAAGACGUGAACACUCAGUUGUGGGAUAUCUUACUCCAAUAUCUCAAGAUGACCGAGGCUAAUGGACUCGAUGUGGUUGACGUCUUGGCUUGCUUGUUUAUGCUGGGAAGUUUGGAAUUAGGUCAAGAAUAUUCUUUUUCUAAUUGGACUCCAACUCAAACACAAGUCCUACAAGACUUAGUAGAUUACGGUUUAGUACUUGUUUCGGCUCCAGAUCGGUUCUACCCUACUCGAUUAGCGACCACUCUUACCUCUACAGCCCCUCCUUUGGUCUCCGCCGAAAGGGCACAAGAAGAACACGGGUUCUUGGUCCUCGAGACUAAUUAUCGGAUCUAUGCAUACACCAGCAAUCCAUUACAGAUCGCCGUGUUGAACUUAUUUCUUUCGUUAAGGUAUCGGUUUCCGAACUUGGUGGUAGGAGCGGUGACGAGAGAAUCGAUCAAGUCGGCGCUGUCGAACGGGAUCACGGCCGACCAAGUGAUCAUGUAUCUGCACACUCAUGCUCAUCCUCAGAUGAGGAAACUCGAGCCACUCUUGCCACCGACGGUCGUCGAUCAAAUCCGACUAUGGGAGCUUGAAAAAAAUCGGAUCCGUGCUCAAGAAGGUUAUUUAUAUGAGGAUUUUAAAUCGGCAGCUGAGUAUGAUUCAGUCAUCCAAUACUCCAGGAAGCUGGGCAUCGUCUUAUGGGAACAUGCUGGCCUGAGGAAGUUGUUUGUCGGAUACGAUGGCCAUCUUACUCUGCGAGAGUUUUUUCGACGUGGAGGAGCAUCGAAUGGGAAUAUAGAGCAAUCUCGAGUGAACCUGGGUGACCGGAGCUCGGAUCUCGGAUCGGCUUGGGCCGCACCCGACCGACUGAGCUGCAAGCUCUUACAUAACACGCGCCGAUGGUCUACAACCCUCGGAGGCUCGGAUGCCUGGCGGCCGCCUAACUUUUCGAGUAUGGACCAACAUCAAUCAAAUCAUCCCAUGAGGAGUCUUCUGGAUAAGACAUACGCAACUUCAACAUCGACUCAAAACAUCGCCAUCCUCUCGCCUUUCGUCCAGCUUUCAUUCGUCUUCCAUCUUGCCAUAGCCCAGCUUCAAAGACAUAUCCAGGAGACUCCUGACUGUGUCGUGACAGUGAUCGGAUCUUCCUCCCAAGCUGCUUUCCAGAAUACGUUGGCCGAUGAACAUGAUGCGGUCUUGUUCACUGACUCGUCCUCCGACUGUCUGACCAAGACCCUUCUCGAACGCAUCGAAUUCCGGUCUGUCUCUUCUCGUCGUCCUCCUCAACUUCUGACUCUCUUAUGUGAGCUGGGUCACUCACCCGUCGAGAGACCGACUCUUAAUGAUGAUGAAGAGGAUCGUGGAAUGAGGAGUCCACGGAUUGGGCUAAUAAUAACCGACCUGACAAGCUACUUGAUCUCUUUGCCGACGCCAACACUCUCCGAUCUUACGCGCUUGCUAGGCUUCCUCAGUUGUACCCAAACACGACUACCAUCAAUCCAUCAUCAUCAUCAUCAUCCACUCCAGAAUCCGCCGCCAAUUUAUCUGGUCGAUCGUGUCGAUCACAACCAGAAAUGGCCCUUGUCGACUCCGACCGCCGAUCCUGAAGAUCUCAGGAACAUACUCGAGAUCUUCCGUCAUUUCUUUGCUCAGAUUUGGACGAUUGAUGGGCUUCAUGAAACUGAUUCCAACACGGGUGACGAUAGUCCUACUACUACUCCUACGGCUGUUGGUACCUCUAGCAGUCCCAAGCCCGGGCGAUACCGGCUGUAUUCUUUACGCUCAGCGGCGGAUUCUUCCGCCGAUGAUGACGAUCAGAUCACUUAUCAGGUGCUCGAACAGGAAGCACUCGACCCCGAAUAUUCCGCGCAUCCUGAAAGGUUACUUCGGAAGACUGUCGUUGUUCCAGGCUGCUAG